GAGGCCAUCCGCGGCUUCCUUUUUCAUCCACUCGGGCAUCGUCAGCCACUACCUGGAGGGCGGCUACUACCCCGUCGGGGGCCCGCAGAGGAUCAGCCGGGGUCUCAUCCGCACCAUCGAGAAAGCCGGGGGCCGGGUCCUCGUGAACGCCCCAGUCGCUCGGGUGGAGGUGGCGCGGAAUCGGGCGCCUUGGAUCCUUCGGAAGGGCCAAGAAACUUAG